UACCACGUUGCACCUACUGAACGGAAGUGGGCAUGAAAGGUUGUAAACAUGGCGCCGGCCUUGGAAGACGAUGAGAUUGACAACGAUGAUUACUAUUCUUUGCUUAAUGUUAGAAGAGAGGCAACACAGGAAGAGCUAAAGGUUUCAUACAGGCGACUGUGCAUGCUGUACCACCCAGACAAGCACAGAGACCCUGAAUUGAAGAGGCAGGCAGAACAGCUAUUUAACCUAGUGCAUCAAGCAUAUGAAGUGCUUAGUGAUCCACAGUCACGAGCCAUCUAUGACAUCUAUGGCAAGAGAGGACUUGAUGUUGAAGGAUGGGAAGUGGUGGAAAGGAAAAGAACACCAACAGAGAUCAGGGAAGAGUUUGAGCGUCUGCAAAGAGAGAGGGAGGAGAGACGGCUACAGCAGAGGACCAAUCCCAAGGGGAUGAUCAGUGUGGGUGUUGACGCCACAGACCUCUUCGAUCGCUAUGAGGAGGAUUACGAGGACAUGCCAGGGGGUUUCCCACACGUCGAAAUUAACAAGAUGCAUAUAUCACAGUCAAUAGAGGCCCCCCUCACCACCUCCGACACAGCUGUUCUCUCUGGCUCCCUAUCAACCCACAACGGAAACGGAGGAGGAAACAUUAACCUGGCACUGCGGAGAGUCACAUCUGCUAAGGGCUGGGGGGAGGUGGAGUUUGGGGCUGGAGACACACACGGUCCCCUCUUAGGAAUGAAGAUAUUCCGCAACCUGACAGCUCGCUGCUUUGUGACCGCUCAGUGUGGACUCCAGUUCUCGUCCCGGGGCGUCCGGCCGGGUUGCACCACUGUGCUUGCUCGUCACCUGGACCAGAACACCAUGGGCUACCUACAGUGGCGCUGGGGCAUCCAGUCCUCCAUGAACACCAGCAUUGUCAGGGACACCAAGACCAGCCACUUCACCUUUGCGAUGCAGCUUGGGAUCCCUCACUCCUUCAUGAUGAUGAGCUACCAGUACAAGUUCCAGGACGACGACCAAACCAAGGUCAAGGGUUCGAUCAAAUCGGGAUUUUUUGGGACAGUGGUGGAGUACGGUGCGGAGAGGAAGAUCAGUCGGCACAGUGUCCUGGGGGCAACCGUCAGUGUAGGAGUACCUCAGGGCGUCUCCCUCAAGAUAAAGCUGAACCGAGCCAGCCAGACAUACUUCUUCCCCAUCCAUCUUACGGACCAGCUCUUGCCCAGUGCAGUGUUUUACGCCACAGUCGGACCACUUGUCUUCUACCUCGCUAUCCAAAGACUCAUCAUCAGGCCCUACGUGCGUGCCCAGAAAGAACAGGACUUGGAGAAGCACCGGGAAAGUUCAGCUUCAGACACAGCUAGGAAGAGACAGGAGGCAGAGUCUGCUGUUCUGCUUAUGCAGGAGUCUGUGCGCAGGAUCAUUGAAACUGAGGAAUCUAGAAUGGGUCUCAUCAUCCUUAAUGCCUGGUAUGGCAAGUUUGUAACGGACAGCAGUCGGAGGAAUGAGAGGGCAAAGGUCAUCGACGUGACUGUUCCGUUGCAGUGCCUGGUGAAGGACUCUAAGCUCAUUCUCACAGAAGCCACAAAGUCGGGACUUCCUGGGUUCUAUGACCCCUGUGUGGGGGAAGAGAAGAGCCUUAAGGUCCUGUAUCAGUUCCGAGGAGUGAUGCAUCAGGUCCUCUCUCCGGACGGGGAGGCACUCAGGAUACCAAAACAAUCUCACAGGAUCGAUGCUGACAACUAGGAGCCUCUUGUCUGGACCGAAUGGGACUGGACACAAUGUCAAACGGAUAGUUUGACGAUGGAUGGACGGACUUGUAUAGACAUGUAUUUACCCCUUGUGCCCUAAAGAAACAUACUGCAUAUCCCCCCUUCAUUCACGUUCAUUUAGUUAGGCGAGGGUGUCCUUUUGAAUGAAAUUCAGUCUAAAUUCACACACUAAAUUUUGUUUUCCUCAGGCUGUAGUUUAUGAAUCUUUCAAGUAUGGCUAUGAAUUUGUACUGUACUGUAUUGUACUGUACUAACACUGCAGUGCCUAUGUGACCCACUUGAAGGUAUGAAUCUGUAUAUUUGCCAUAUUAUUAAAAAUCUAUAUUUUCCAAGCUGCAAUAACCCAUUUUGGAAAUUGUUUAAAA